UUCCAGCACAAAAUGUCUCCCACACCCUGCCCUCACCCACCCUCAGGAUGUCCUACACCCUGUGCCGAGGUGGGAGGCACCUGCAGCCACCUCGGCCAGUGUCGUCCUCCUGAGGAUUUUGGCCAGCUUGUCCGAAGCCUCUCUGCUCUGCUGCAAGGUGACAAGCUGGUGAGGCAGGAAGUCACCACAACAUCUUCCCCAAAAAAGCAGCAGCACUUUGCUACCGAGCCGCUGCAGCAGCUUCAGGGGAGUCCUUUUCUGGGCCUUGGGGAACCAGCCGGCUCCACGGCAUGGGGUGAUGGUGGAUGUUGGGGAAUGGUGACAGGACACCCCAAAAGGCUCAGAUGCCACCCUAAAUGGCUGUGAGGCCACCCCAAAGGGCUGGAAAGCCACUCCAAAUGGCUAGGAGGCCACCCCAAAGGGUUAAGAGGCCACCCGAGCUCCCACUUCACUGCAGGGAACUGCUGUACCCUAAAAACCAGCCCAGGCAAGCAGCUGUCCAUGUCCUGCUUUGAGGCACACCAGAAUCAGCCUUCCAAUCAUUGGGACAACCUUUGGAAAUCAGGCUGGACUUUCACCCUGACUCCAUUUCCCAUUUCCCACUCAUUUUACAGACAUUCUUCUCCAGGCAAAGUUGCCAGCUUCCAUGUAGCUGUCAGCAAGCUGAGUGAGACUCUCAAUGUGACAGACCAAAGGCAGUUUGCCACGAGUUUUAUGAAACUUGUGAAAGCUGAGGACACCAAGUUUUGUGUUGACAUUCUGGUAAACAUUCAGGUUUUGUCAGAGGCUAUAUGGGGGGGAAAUCUGUCAAAAUUCCCCGUUACUCACGAUUUUAUGAACCAGAAUAAACUAUGGAAUGAUCAGCAUCUGAGCACAAAGGUCUCCAAUGCUAAAGUGCCUCAAUGCUUACUGAGAUGCUAUCUUUGAUAUGAUGAGCUAAAUAAAAAACAGGG